AUGCAGCCCUCACCCAUCCUCCAACGCGCCAUCAAGCGCCUCGCCCUCACCACUAAACAAGGUCCGCACAACUACUACAAGGGUAACCGCACGGGAGCAAUGGGCAGCCACACCAAGUACGGCGGCUAUAAGAUCGAUUGGGAGAAAGUGCGCACGUAUAUGUGUCCAGACUUGACGGACUUUGAGUUGACGCCCUUUGUCACGCGACGCAUCGAGAAACGCAAGGAUGAGUUCGGGUCGGGCGGUCCGAUGGAUGGGAAGGAGUAUUUGAGGAAGUGGAAGGCGGAGGGUGGGAACAUAUGA